AUGAGGACGUUUACCGAAGUAGUCAACCAACUGGCCGCUGAGCAGUCAGACGGUCUGUGGGUGAGGGCCGGGGCAUCAAACAAAGGUGUUCUAGCCUGGAACCCUAUAACCUGGUCCCAACUAGCCAGGGCAGUUGACUACGUUUUGCACUGGAUGGAAACUCGACAUGGACCUACAGCAGAGAACGAGACAGUGGCGUACAUGGGAAUCAGCUAUGUCCGAUAUCCCAUCAUUAUCUUUGCAAUGAAGACGGGAUGCAAGAUCCACCUUACAUCGCCGCACAAUCCCCAGGAUGCGCAAGUCCAUUUCCUCGAUUUGACACGGUGCACUGAAUUCGUUGACACUCCCCAAUUUGCGGCACAGAUGCAAGCCCUAGCCAUGUCCCAUGCAGAGCUUAACCCCGUUGAAAUUCUAUGGCUGGACGAUAUUCUGCAUCAUGAACCCUCCUCAGCAUUGUACGACAGUUUUCGCCGUCCUCGGGAGAACGGUAUCGCACUUAUCCUACACCCUCGCGGCUCAACCGGCCUUCCCAAGCCCAUCUUGAUCUACACCGGAGCACUGGCAGCCAUGAACACCACCACAUCCAUGUCCGCUCCAAGCGGCCGCCUAAACAUGCACGACGAACUAUUCGCUCCAAAGCCGACGGUGUCAAUGUUACCCCUUUUCCACAUCAUGAGAAUUACCGUGCUAGUCCACUCCAUCUGCCACCAGGGCCCCUUGGCCAUAUUGCUCCCCAGGCAGCUAGCCUCGACAGAUCUCCUGAUUAGUGCAUUCAUGCAAAAUAAGCCAAGGGCAGCGGCGUUUACACCGUCAGUUAUCGAAGAGAUAUGUAACAUGCCAAACGACCUCGAGACGCUGUCCACGCUUGACUACGUUUCCUACAGCGAUGCGCCACUGGCGCGCUCCUGCGGGGAUCAAACCGCACAACUCACCAACCUGCAAGUCUGCAUUGGCCGUACGGAGUUCUUAAACGCCCCCAACUACCUGACGCAAGAACCGAGAGACCAGGAGUACAUUGAGUGGAGUGCCGACACAGGCAGUGUCAUAGACCCAGCGACGGAGCGCUCAUUCAGAAUGGUGAUCCAGGAUGAGCAUAUGGUUCGUAAAUCCGAUGGUGUUGAUGCUCCGACUGGUCUCGCCGGUAUCGAGGGGAUGGUAAGAGCGGCUCUGCGUGCGUGUCUGGGAUCAUCGGAUCGGGAAUAUACAGAUGAUGAUGAUGAUGAGAUCUUCGUUGGUGCAUUUGAUUCCUUGCGCGUGCUGGCACUGAGCAACAUCCUUUUGAGUCUUUUUCUUUGA